AUGCUGCCCGCGCUGCCCUCGCCGCCCUUCCUCGCCCGCCAUGGGGGCUCUGCCCUGAAGAUGGAGCGGAUCUGUCUGUUGCUGCUCUCCUUGCUCCCCGCGCCCAGCAGCGCGCAGGGGGUCUACGCUCCUGCUCAGGCCCAAAUCAUUCAUGCCGGGCAGGCGUGUGUGGUGAAGGAGGACAACAUCAGCGAGCGUGUUUACACAAUCCGGGAGGGGGACACGCUGGUCUUGCAGUGUCUGGUCACAGGACAUCCCCGGCCACAGGUGAGGUGGACCAAAACCGCCGGCAGUGCCUCGGACAAAUUCCAAGAGACAUCGGUGCUUAACGAGACCCUUCGGAUUGAGAAGAUCCAAAGGCUGCAGGGGGGCCGCUAUUACUGUAAAGCAGAAAAUGGGGUUGGGGUCCCUGCCAUCAAGUCCAUUCGAGUAGAUGUGCAGUAUCUAGAUGAACCUGUUCUCACCGUUCACCAGACCAUCAGUGAUGUCCGUGGCAGUUUCUAUCAGGAGAAGACUGUCUUCCUCCGCUGUACUGUCAACUCCAACCCACCAGCACGCUUCAUCUGGAAACGGGGAGCAGAGGCUCUUUCCCACAGUCAGGACAACGGAGUGGACAUCUACGAACCCCUCUACACACAGGGUGAAACGAAAGUCCUGAAGUUAAAGAACCUGCGGCCCCAGGAUUAUGCCAGUUAUACGUGUCAGGUGUCUGUACGGAACGUGUGCAGCAUCCCUGACAAAUCCAUCACCUUCCAGCUCACUAACACUACAGCCCCACCUGCUCUGAAGCUGUCAGUCAACGAGACACUGGUAGUCAACCCUGGUGACAAUGUCACCAUGCAGUGCUCUCUGAUAGGUGGUGACCCGCAGCCAGAAGUGAUUUGGUCUCACUCACCUGGCCCAAUGCCUCCCAACAGCCUUGUGCAAGGAGGCAACCUCAGCAUCUGGAAGAUCCGCGUGGAGGACUUGGGCUACUACAACUGCACUGCUAUCAACAAUGUGGGGAACCCAGCAAAGAAGACAGUGAACCUUCUGGUGCGGUCCAUGAAGAAUGCCACGUUCCAAAUCACCCCUGAUGUGAUUAAAGAGAGUGAGAGUAUCCAGUUAGGGCAAGACUUGAAGCUCUCGUGUCACGUGGAUGCUGUCCCCCAGGAGAAGGUUGUCUACUCCUGGUAUAAGAACGGGAAACCAGCCAGGUUCUCAGACCGGUUGCUUAUCACCAGGAAUGACCCUGAGCUCCCACCUGUGACCUGCAGUCUGGAGAUUAUUGACCUGAGGUUCAGUGACUAUGGCACCUACCUGUGCGUGGCUACCUUCCAGGGAGCACCCAUCCCAGACCUCAGUGUGGAGGUGAACAUCUCCUCAGAGACAGUGCCACCAACCAUCAGUGUCCCCAAGGGCCAGUCGACCAUUACUGUCCGGGAGGGCUCCAGGGCUGAGCUUCAGUGUGACGUUCGAGGGAAGCCCAAGCCCCCCAUCCUGUGGUCCCGGGUAGACAAGGAAAUGCCCAUGCCUUCGGGGACGAUGACUGUGGAGACAUAUGAUGGGAAGCUGCGCCUGGAGAGUGUGAACCGAGAAAUGAGCGGCACCUAUAAGUGUCAGACAGCCAGGUACAACGGCUUCAACAUCAGGCCCCGCGAAGCCUUGGUGCAGCUCAACGUGCAGUUCCCGCCCGUGGUGGAGCCGGCGUUCCAGGACGUGCGCCAGGGCAUGGGGCGCAGCGUCACCCUGCGCUGCACCAUGCUCAAGGGCAGCCCCAUGAAGGUGGCCACCUCCGUCUGGCGCUUCAACGGGACCCUUCUGGCCCAGCCCCUCGCAGAGCAGCAGGACUACUCGGAGCUGAAGGUGGACAGUGUGAGCCGCGAGACCAGCGGUAGCUACGAGUGCAGCAUUUCCAAUGAUGUGGGAGUCUCCACCUGCCUCUUCCAAGUAUCUGCAAAAGCUUACAGCCCAGAGUUUUACUAUGACACUCCUAAUCCUACCUUGAGUCAGAAGCAAUCCAAGAAUUACUCCUACAUCUUGCAAUGGACGCAGAAGGAGCCGGAUGCAGUGGACCCUAUCCUCAAGUACCGCCUGGAAGUCAGGCAGAAGGGCUUUUGUGCCAUCACGCUAAUGAAGCUAGUGGGAUUGUAUAAAUUCUGCAUGGAAAGAGAAAUGGGUUUUAAGGUUUUCUGAACCUGAAGAGAAAUUCUACUAGAGUGGGGUGUGGGGUAAGAACUGAUGGAAAUCU